AUGAAUCAAGACGAAUCUAAUGCUAAAUCUCGAGAGGAUUCAUCUAACCAUGCUCUAAGAAAGAACAAUUUACUUCCGUCAGAUCGACGUGCGACUUUACUCUACCGCACAAUGGACCAUACCCAACCUCCAGUUGAAGAUCCUUCAAACCCACCUCAUAUCAAUACACAACGGAGGCACGAAUAUGAAGCAAUCAAAGGUAUCAAUCGUGUGAUGGGACAAGUGAUUGAAAACUUUGGAAAAAGCAGUACACACAUCAAGGAACUGGCAGAAACAGUAAAUGAAUCAGAGCAAUUGCUUGACAGAUGGAUUGCUGUAUUGUCCCAAACAGAGCACACAAAGCGUCUUUUAGAAGAUCCAGACUGGCACGGAAAAGAGGCAGAAGACCAAGCCAAGUCUCGAGAGACAUCUAGUCCAACAAAAAAACGACCAAUAGAAAAGACUGGUAUGAACAAUAUCUUGAAGAUGGACAAGCUAUCGUAUAUUGAACCUUCUCGAUCCCAAAAUCGUAAAAAACCAACUCCAUCAACAUCUGCAACCAGAAACUCAAGGUUAUCUCAAGGAUCAAAGCAAGUAUCGUUCAAACGGACCUCAUUUGGUGAAGGAUCCUUAGUAAAGAAGCCAAGAUAA